AUGAGCGAACUUCAAGGCGAGCGGGAAGAGUCCCUAUCCCUCGGCCCUCCUCCGCCUUGCUCCAUCACAAGAACAUGCCCCUCGGACCCGACCCCAUCACCGAGAGUAUCCGCAGCAGCAGCAGCGCCAACAGCCAAGACGCAGCGCUACACAGCACCCUGGACACAGCUCUUCCGACGCCAGCCCAUCGCUACCCCCGACAACACCACCCCGUCGCCUCCCCAGCGCCCCCCAAGGACGCCCUACGUCCCCUCGCACGCCGCGUCCAGCUUUGCGCGUACCGCCUCGCCGCUAGCUUGGCGGCGCAAGGAGAGGAGGGCAGUGGAAGAGAAGCGCUCGAUGGUACACGAGGGGGAGGAGCCGGAGGACUCGGAAGAAGAAGGGAAGGGGAUAGGGGGGACGGAAGUAGAGGAUAAGAGGAAAGAUAUCGCCGGUGGGGGCCAUGGUGCGAUUCGACCCAACAGACAUGGGCCGACAGACUACGACAUCUUUCUCGCCGAGGCCGACGACCGGACCCUCCGCGCCGCAACUCGGCCCCACCUCCGCCCGGGUCCUGGCCCCGGCCCGGGCAACUUGGCGACAGCCAACCGUCACCACCACAACGACAGCGCCGACUGUUCAACCGCCUGUUCACGCUGCAGCCGCAACAACACAUGCGACGAUGAGGUCCGUGCGGGUAUCCCUCGUGGCGAGCCGUCCUGUUUCGGCCUUCCACACCCCCCGAGCAGGACGGUGAAGCGGCGGCAAAGUGGCGCCCUGGCGCGAUGCAUCGGCGAGUACGUCAGGCCGUCCUGGCCUGGGGAACUGGCGGAUACGAGGCGAUAA